GGUUGAAAUAUUGUAUAUAAAAGUGAAGCGAUGCUUUGAAAAUGUAUUCAGUUUUGAAUUAUCAAUCGAUACAAAACACUUCUUUCACCAAACAGAAAAAAAUGGCCAAAUUCCUCAUUGUCUUGUGCGCUUUGGUAGUCUGCGCUGCUGCUAAACCCGGCGUUGUUGCUCCUUUGGCUUACACAGCUCCCGUUGCUGCCGCCUAUGCCAGUCCAUAUGCCCCCUUGACUGCUGCCUAUGCUGCUCCUUAUGCUGCCGCCUACACCGGUGCUGCCUAUGCUGCUCCAUUGUCCUACACCGCUCCCGCUGCCGUUGCUGCUCCUUUGGCCUAUGCUAAUGCCCAUUUGGAUGCCGCCUAUGCCAGCAGCCGUGUGGAUGUGAAGCAAAACUACAAUGCCGCUGUUGUCCCAGCCACAUAUGCUGCCGCUCCUGUAGCUGCUGCCGCCGUUGCCCCUGUUGCUGCUCCAGUUGCUCCCCUCAAGUACACCGCCCCAUUGGCCUACACUGCCCCUGCUGCCGUUGCUGCUCCUUUGGCCUAUGCCAAUGCUCAUUUGGAUGCCGCCUAUGCCAGCAGCCGUGUCGAUUUAAAACAAAACUAUAAUGCCGCUGUUGUCCCAGCCACUUAUGCUGCCGCUCCUGUAGCUGCCGCCGUAGCUCCAGUUGCCGCUGCCCCAGUUGCUCCCCUUAAAUACACUGCCGCUCCAGUUUUGUUGUAA